AUGAGUCAUCCUGUUUCUUUGUAUCUUAUUGUCAAUGACCUUGUGAACGAAGCGGUUAUAGUGCAAUUGAUCUCUCACCAAUUAUUAAGCCUGCAUGGAAUAACGAAUCACCUCAGACUCGAUCUUAAUAUGGCUAGAGAAGCUUAUCAGCAAUAUAAAAGCGUAGUAGACCAAUCGCAACAGAUAACUUCGCUAUCGCAAAAUAUCGCUGCUAUCUCAUGUGUUGUCAUCACAAUCGUCGCCGUCGCAAAUAUUGUCAUUACACCAAUCGCAAAUGUCGUUACCGUUACAAUCGUCACAAUCAGAACAAGAAAUCUUCUCUCUGUCUCGAGCACUUUAUUAUCUCACGACAUGGCUUGUAGCUCAGCAAAUAUACCUAAGAUUAUAAUAUCUCCACAAAUUCUUAAUCGUCUUCUUAUUUAUAAUGCUGUGGGCGAAAUUAAUACCCAUCGUCAACCGUAA